AUGGAAGAACAACGGGGCGCGAAAAGAGACACAGAAAACGAAAUAAGAAAUGUGUGGAAGCACAACCUCGAAGAGGAAAUAGAGCUCAUGGCGCAGAAAAUAGAAGAGUAUCCGUACAUUGCCAUGGACACAGAGUUUCCGGGAGUUAUAGCGAAGCCUAUGGGCACGUUUUCAACGCAGACAAUGUACACAUACCACCAGCUGAGAUGCAACGUAAGCCUGCUAAGUCUGAUCCAGCUGGGGAUAUCUCUGUCAAACGAAAAAGGCGAUAAGCCCGUGCCAAGCACAUGGCAGUUCAACUUUCAUUUUGAUAAGAAGGCAAGCAUGUCGGCGCAGGAGUCUAUGCAGAUACUUGAGCACGCAGGCAUAGAUUUUGACAGGCUUAAUAAAGACGGAAUAAACAUCGAUACAUUUUCUGAGCUUAUCACAAUCUCAGGGCUCCUGAUGAACAGAUCUCUGAAAUGGGUGUCUUUCCACUCGUCGUACGACUUUGGAUAUUUUAUUAAAGCCAUAACAGGCCAGGAUCUUCCCAACACGAUCGAUGAGUUCUCCUACACGCUCUCAAAAGUUUUUCCGUACUUCUACGACAUAAAGUACCUUAUAAACCUUCUUGGAAAGAAGGGCGGUCUGCAGGAUCUUGCAGACGAGCUGUCGGUUGAAAGAGAGGGGAUCCAGCACCAGGCAGGGAGUGAUGCUCUUCUUACGCUCAAAGUAUUCCACACCCUCAAAACACAAAUCAUUCCCGAUGCCGAGCAGAACGCCAAGUACAAAUGUAAAUUAUUUGGAAUUGAUGCAGCAUAG